AUGAAAGUCCUCUUCCUAGGCGCAACAGGCUCCAUUGGCGGCGAAGCCCUCCGACAAUGCCUCGCUCAUCCAAAGAUCACUUCCGUGGUCGCCUUUGUACGUCGACAGCUUCCCGACGAUGUGCGAGAUAACCCCAAAGUCCAAACCGUCAUGGUGAAAGACUUUGUUGUUUGGCCAGAAGAUGUUCUGCUGCCCCACGUUGACGCUGCUGCUAUGGUUUGUGCGAUGGGCUCAUAUACAGGAAACGUCAAUGUCGAUAUGGAGUAUCCUUUCGCAUUCCAGGUUGCGUUCGCACCACUUUUGAAGAAACAACCCAACAGGCCUCGGUUUCGCUUCAUCCAUCUCAGCGGACUAUUCGUCAUUCAAGACCAAAAAGCAAAACUCUGGGUCAACGACUUCCCUCGUAAACUCAAGGGCUUAUAUGAAACCCGCUCGCAAAAGCUCGCGGAGGAGUACGCGUCUGUAUGGAGAGUGUUUAUGCUACGACCUGGUGGUGUGAUUACACGAAGGAUGAGGGUCCCAGGGAAGAUCUUCCAAAUCCUUUUGGGUGAUGAGUGGGUUAUUUCUAAUGAGGAGCUUGGUGCGUUUUUUACGUACCUGGUUGUUGAAGGGGAGACGGAGCCGGAGGAGACGUUUUUGAUUAAGAAUCCGGUUAUUGCGCAACGUGGGAGGAAGAUUCUGAGGGAGAAGCAAUGA